CGUCAGAUGCAAGAUCAAAGAUGUCACCCGAGAUCUCUUUGAAUGCUGAAAUGACCAAGACGAUAUCAUGUUUGGGUCUAAAGGGUCUGAAGUUGUGGGUAUUGAUUUGCUUGGUGGUUGGCGCAUUCUUGGUUUUGAUUCUCUGCAUCUUGUCUCUAUGUAUCAUGUUCCGUUGUCGACGAAAACCCAAAAGAUCGGCUGACAGGUUUCCCGACAACCAGAUACCACAUGUCUUGAAAGAUAUCAGGAUUGACAGUGUUGGGUUUCAGAUUCAGAACUCUCAUCCUGAAAGAUUACAUCUCAUAGUAAAGGAUAAGUCCAGUGAGGGAAACUCGGAGAAAAUGAUGUCCUACUUGAGCAGAACCAAGUCUAGUGAUAAUGAUAAUUUGAGUCAAUGUAGUUCCGUUCAUAAUCACGAGAGGGCUUGCAGUUCUCAAUCUGGUGAAGAAGGAAGCUUUGGAACUUUUUGGAAGCAAUCAUCGUUAUCAUAUGGAGGUCUUGUAUCAGCAUCACCCUUGGUUGGUUUGCCAGAAAUAUCGCAUCUUGGUUGGGGACAUUGGUUUACCCUAAGGGAUCUUGAGCUAGCCACGAACCGUUUUGCUGCAGAGAAUGUGCUUGGUGAGGGUGGUUAUGGAGUAGUUUAUAGGGGUAGACUUGUCAACGGUACUGAGGUUGCUGUGAAGAAGCUUCUGAACAAUAUGGGACAGGCUGAGAGGGAGUUCCAGGUUGAAGUUGAGGCCAUUGGUCAUGUACGGCACAAAAAUCUUGUUAGGCUUUUAGGAUACUGCAUAGAGGGAGUUCACAGGAUGCUUGUUUAUGAGUAUGUCAAUAAUGGUAACUUAGAACAAUGGCUACAUGGGUCCAUGCGCCAACAUGGUACUGUCACUUGGGAGGCCCGGAUGAAGAUCAUUCUUGGUACUGCACAAGCCCUUGCUUAUUUGCAUGAAGCAAUAGAACCAAAAGUAGUCCAUCGAGACAUAAAAGCAAGCAAUAUCUUGAUUGAUGAUAACUUCAAUGCGAAAAUCUCCGACUUUGGGUUGGCCAAGCUCCUGAGCUCUGGCGAGAGCCAUGUCACGACAAGAGUCAUGGGAACGUUUGGCUAUGUAGCACCAGAAUAUGCUAAUACGGGUAUGUUAAAUGAGAAGAGUGACAUUUAUAGCUUUGGUGUCCUGCUUCUGGAAGCUGUGACUGGGAAGGAACCAGUUGACCAUGGACGUCCAGCUAACGAGGUGAAUCUUGUUGAAUGGCUGAAGAUGAUGGUCGGAGCAAGAAGAACUGAAGAAGUCACUGAUCCGAGAAUUGAAACCAAACCCAGUACUCGUGCUCUAAAACGUAUUCUUCUAGCGGCACUAAGAUGUGUGGAUCUCGAAGCAGAGAAAAGGCCGAAAAUGAGCCAGGUUGUACGGAUGCUUGAAACCGAUGAACGUCCAUUUCGUGAGGACCGGACGAGCAGGAGGAGCAGAACAGCGAGCAUGGAAAUCAUCGAAGCCACAGAGGAAACAACCGAGACGAGCAAAAGGCCUGGCCAUUCAGAGAGCCACGAGAAGGCUUCUGAAUAGAAGACAGAUCUGAGCACUGCAGUGAGGUUUUUGGCACAGUCAUGUCCUGGUUGUUCUUGCUCUUUGGCGGCUUAUACACACUUUCGUUCCAGCGUGUGAAGGAUAAAAGAAUCAGGUGGCGGAAAAUGUGUCAUCCCCUUGAGAUUUCAAAUGACGAAAAGAUCCGUUCCAUGGAGCAAUGAUGGCCGAAGCAACGGCCGCCUGAGAGGCGGCUCUUGUGAUGCGUAAAAGGCGGUUUCUAAAACUUGUACUUCACUUAUUUUCUUUCCUUUUUUCCAUUCCCUGACAUGCCUUGAGCUCAAGAUUCUCACCAUUUUCUUUUUCUAGUUUCUACUAUGAGUUAGCGUAUUUAAUGUCCUGUUCCUCUGUAUAUGUAUAUGAUCAAUUUAUUUUAUACGUGUUUGUGUGUACAGAGGCAUGCAGGCCAACAAUGAUGCAAUCCAUCAUUUUUGUCUUUAA